AUGGAGGACUUCUUGAAUCAUCAGAUAAGUGAAGUCAGUAGACAACAUCAGGCACUGGAGAAUGAAUGUAGACUUCUGAGAGAGCUUUUGAAGCCCUGUUAUGCUGAACAACAAGUUGACGAACUGCUGCGAAAGGCUGAGAAGGCUCGUCACUUGAAGUCAAAGGCAAAGCCUGAUGUAGAUGGAGCAUUAAGACUGGAGACAUGUUUAAUCAAGAAUGCUGAUAACAAGAACUGUACCCCUCAGACUUCUAGCUGUCUGUUGAAUGACUCUCCAGUAGAAAAUAAAGAUUUAGACAUAAAGAACAACACAUGUACGACUGUUCCUUCUCAUGUGCCUUCGCCACAAAUAGAAAGUUUAUCAAAACGGUCUAGUGAAACUCAACGAUCACAGUCAGCAAAAAACAAGCCACAAAAAAGUGUUACUGCAAAAAACAAUUCAGCAGCCAUGGAAAAAAACAAAGAGUCAAAGCAGGAAAACCGUCCUCAUUCACAUAAACCUUCUAGCAGCAGACCCCGUCAUAUACCAGCACACAUGUUAGCCCCUUUCAAAACCAACAACAGUUAUAGUCUUCCAAAACGUAAGAACAGUUAUUUAUCAGAGUACAGCAGCUCUACAAGAGCUGCUAAAACAUCUCUCUCUGCGGCCACCAAAGCAUACAAAAUCCUUCCAGAAAUUGCCACUAGAGAUUCCAAGAAAGUAACGCAACCAUCUGACACAUGUGAAUACCCAGCCACUAAAAACAGUUACCCUAAAAGCAGCUGUGUUAGGGAACCUUCUUCGACAUCACUUUGUAAUAAUAAUAAUACAAGUUCUGUCGAAGAAGACAGGCCUACCCAUUACCCAGAUUCAAAUGUGUCAGCAGCAGAUACUAAACUUAAUGAGUCUUCAGCUUUGGAUUUGAAAGCUUCAGUUGACAGAACUUCUGAACAUUCAAGUAUUUGUACAAAGUCUACAGAAAGGGACCAGUCCUCUCAGAGUGUUAAUGAAGCACAAACAAGUUUACCAGAAAAUGAGCUACAACAGUUUACCUUACAAAAGAAUGGUUCUAGUAUGAAACUUCCACACAGGUUAAUGAAGUUAGUUAAUGCGAACAGAUCUCUCAAAGAGAAACUUGCUUCUACAAAACUGGCAAAGAAGACAUCAACAGUUCUUGCUGCUCAACAGUUUAUAGAAACACUCUGUGCUGAGGAUGACGUAAGCCCUGAGCUUAGAACCCGUGUUUCUGCCCUUACCUGUCUGAGGUCUCAUCACAUGCUGAUGGACACACUCCAGGAUCUUCAUCUGUGUCUUUUGUCAGAAAAUUCUUCAACAGAUGUUCUCUACCGAGCAAAAAGAAUCUUAGAAUAUGUGCUGGCAGCUUUUGCAGAGCUGCAGGAAAGAGCCAAUUACCUUUCACGAGUAAAAUACAGAGAUGUUGCACCAGUCGCAGACAUAAGCAGACAAUGUGUGGAACAAGACAUGAAAUUUUGGUUGGACACUGGUCAAAAAAGAGAUUUCCAAUAUGGCUGCUGGGAGCAUUUACAAACCAGCAGACGUUGGAGUCACUUGAAGUUUACAGAAAAAUAUUUGCAGCUGAACAUCUCCCUCGUCAAAUCAGCGCUGGCCGAGUGGUGGCAUGUUUUGUUAGAGAACAGAGACCUCAGUGUGUUCCAGGGAGUGUAUGCCCUCUUGACAAGCCAUGGCCAGUUUUUACCAGCCCUUGUUGAGAACCCAGUGACAUAA